CCCAGCAGCAUGCUCUAUUUCCAGAUGGUGAUCAUGGCAGGGACCGUGAUGCUGGCGUACUACUUCGAGUACACGGACACGUUCGCGGUGAACGUGCAGGGCUUCUUCUGCCACGACAGCGCCUACCGCAAGCCCUACCCGGGCCCGGAGGACAGCAGCGCCGUGCCGCCCGCGCUCCUCUACUCGCUGGCCGCCGGGGUCCCCGCGCUCGUGAUAAUAGUUGGAGAGACUGCGGUGUUUUGCCUACAACUAGCUACAAGGGAUUUUGAAAACCAGGAGAAAACGAUUUUAACUGGAGACUGCUGCUACAUAAACCCACUGGUGCGGAGAACUGUGAGAUUUCUUGGGAUCUACACGUUCGGACUGUUCGCCACGGACAUCUUUGUGAACGCCGGGCAGGUGGUGACGGGGAACCUGGCGCCCCACUUCCUGGCCCUGUGCCAGCCCAACUACACGGCGCUGGGGUGCCAGCAGCUGACGCAGUUCAUCAGCGGCGAGGAGGCCUGCACCGGCAACCCCGACCUCAUCAUGCGCGCCCGCAAGACCUUCCCGUCCAAGGAGGCGGCCCUCAGCGUCUACGCCGCCGUGUACCUGACCAUGUACAUUACCAACACCAUCCAAGCCAAAGGAACCAGGCUCGCAAAGCCCGUUCUGUGCUUGGGCUUAAUGUGUCUGGCCUUUCUCACUGGACUCAACAGAGUAGCUGAGUAUCGAAACCACUGGUCAGACGUGAUAGCAGGCUUUCUGGUCGGGAUAUCUAUAGCAGUGUUCCUGGUCGUGUGCGUGGUAAACAAUUUCAAAGGAAGACAACCUGAAAAUGAGCACACACACAUGGAGACUCUGGCUCACACGCCGAUGAUCAGCAUUCCUCGAGUAGAGAGUCCUUUGGAAAAGAACCACAUCACGGCCUUCGCGGAAGUCACAUGAUACGGAAGCUGAUGGGUUCUCCCUGCAUUGGACAUCGUCCCUUUUCACCAUCCAUCCGUAACACCCAAAGUUUGUUUGAUUGCAGAAGUUUCUAAAGUUGUCCAAUGAUUUUUAUAAGUUUAAAAUCAAUGUCGAUGUAUCUGUUUCCCCCACUAGACUGUGAGCUCCUCAAAGGCAGGGCUGUGUCUCUCUGUAUCCCCACUACCUACAACAAGCCUCGCACAAAGUAGGUGUUCAAUUAAAAUGGGGUGACCUGAUGAACAAAUGAAUUCUGAAAUAAAACAUCCACUUUAGUUUCUCACAGCACCACCGAGGCUAUGUGGAAAAACCUCUACACAACUCAAAUUUGUAUGAGAAAUCCCUCCAUUUGGGGCCAGUGAAGCUUUUUAAUGUUUCAUAUUACCAAUGCAGCAGAAUACCAUUCUUUCCUUUGACGUGGACUUGGAAAGUCAUGGGGGUUUUACUUUAUUAGUCAGCAUGACAUUCUUUCCAUCCUAACAGAGUUCC